CAGCCGGGUCUACAAGCGUUCCUAGAACAGAGAUGAGCUAUCUGGAAUAAGGCCAGCAAGUGACCUGUCCAUUUAAGCCACAGAUGAAUAACACUGCAGCCAGCCCAAUGUCUACUGCCACUUCAGGUAGUGGAAGAAGAACAGGGAAGUCUAUAAGCUUUGCAGCAGAAUUGCAGAGUAUGAUGUUUUCUUUAGGUGAUUCUAGGAGGCCUGUUCAUGAAACAGCAGUUUUGGUAGAAGAUGUAGUACACACUCAGUUAAUUAACCUGUUACAGCAAGCUGCUGAAGUUUCUCAGCUUCGGGCAGCAAGGGUAAUCUCUGCUGAAGAUCUUCUGUUUUUGAUGCACAAAGAUAAGAAAAAACUUAGAAGACUGCUAAAGUACAUGUUUUUCCGAGACUACAAAUCAAAGAUUGUCAAAGGCAUCAACAAGGAUGAUCUUCUGGAAGACAAAUUGAGUGGCAGUAAUAAUGUGAACAAAAGACGAAAAAUCGCUCAAGACUUUCUCAACUCUGUUGACCAAACAGGAGAACUCUUGGCAAUGUUUGAAGAUGAUGAAAUUGAUGAAGUUAAACAAGAAAGAAUGGAGAGAGCAGAAAGACAAACUCGAAUUACGGAUUCAGCUCAAUAUGCAGAAUUCUGUGAAAGUCGACAAUUUUUCUCCAGAAAAGCCUCCAAAUUUCGAGACUGGUUGGACUGCAGCAGUAUGGAGAUAAAGCCCAAUGUUGUCGCUAUGGAAAUUUUAGCGUAUUUAGCGUACGAAACUGUGGCACAGUUAGUGGAUCUGGCUCUUCUCAUGAGGCAGGACGUGGUAACCAAGGCAGGAGACCCCUUCAGCCAUGCCAUUUCUGCCACCUUCAUUCAGUAUCACAGCUCUGCUGAGGGAUCUUGCCUGAGCAUCGCGGCCUGUGGUGUUGAGGCUUACAGCAAUGCCAUCCAGUCCUGUCACAUCAGAGAGGCCGUUCAACGCUACAGCCACAAGAUUGGCCCCCUUUCCCCAUUCACAAGUGCCUACCGCAGGAAUGGGAUGGCUUUUCUGCCCUGCUGAUGUGACUGUGACUGCGACAACAGGAAAGGCAAUGUUAUAUUA